AUGUCGGUCAUAGGCACCGAUACUCCCGACGAUGAGGAUCGCACGGCCCAGGUCACGCACAGCCGUUUAACCGGACAUCAGGCACCUGAGAGCAACUACAACUCCGAAGUCAGCGGAGGCCACGAAACUUCCAUAACCGAGGUAGGUGGAGAUGGAGGGACCGACUCGGGUGAUGAUGUCGAGGAAAUAGGGCGAAGGCACGAUCUGGUCCAAGAUCUUGCUCGCACCUUCACAUCAGAGUCACAAAAAAACCGAAAUGGGAGCGUCUUCCUAGCGCAGACAGAGUCAAACUCCUGCUUGGAUCCCAAUAGCUCGAGCUUUAAUGCCCGCGCCUGGGCCAGGGCGCAGGUCGACAAGGUCGCGUCGAGUGGUGGCUCGUUCCGGACCAGCGGUGUCUGCUUCCAAAAUAUGACGGUUUCUGGCUAUAGCGCUGGCAGCCGCCACCAGAAGAACGUCGGGAAUGUGUGGCUGGAGGCCGUUGGGCUCGCCCGCCAGACCUUGGGCCAUUCUAAGAGCCGCGCUACCAUCCUGCACAAAUUCGAUGGCGUUGUGCAUAGGGGAGAGAUGCUAGUGGUCCUAGGGCCUCCAGGAUCCGGAUGCAGUACCUUCCUCAAAACCAUUGCCGGGGAGACGAGCGGCCUCUUUGUCGACGACCAGGCGUAUUUCAACUAUCAGGGAGUUACUGCGGAGGAAAUGCACACCCAACACCGGGGUGACGCGAUUUAUACCGCUGAAGUCGACGUUCACUUUCCUAUGCUCUCGGUUGGCGAAACUCUGACUUUUGCUUCACGUGCCCGCACUCCACGUCAUUUACCCUCUGGUGUGACUCCCUCCAUGUUCUCUGAUCAUCUCAGGGACGUCGUGAUGGCGAUGUUUGGCAUCAGUCACACCAAGAACACGAGGGUCGGCAACGAGUAUGUUCGGGGUAUUUCCGGCGGGGAGAGGAAGCGAGUUACGAUCUCUGAGGCAGCUCUUUCAGGGGCACCUUUUCAAUGCUGGGAUAAUUCGACGCGAGGAUUAGACAGCGCGAACGCGAUUGAAUUUUGCAAGACGCUGAGACUUCAGACCGAAAUCUUCCAGACGACUUGCGCCGUGUCCAUUUAUCAAGCGCCGCAGAGCGCAUACGAUCUCUUCGACAAAGCCUUGGUCCUAUACGAAGGCAGGCAGAUUUUCUUUGGUCGAGCUGAUGAGGCUCGCCAGUACUUUAUCAAUCUCGGUUUUGAGUGCCCUGAACGUCAGACGACCCCCGACUUUUUAACUUCCAUGACUAGUCCGCGGGAGCGUCUGGUCCGUGCCGGAUAUGAAAACAUGACCCCCAGGACGCCGGAUGAAUUCGCUGCCGCCUGGCACAACAGUGAGGCUUACCAGCGGUUGCAGGCCGAGAUUGACGCCUACAAGACCGAACACCCCAUUGACGGACCCGAUGCGCAGACCUUCCGCUCCCUAAAAAGAGAGCAGCAAGCUAAGGGCCAGCGGGCGAAGUCCCCCUAUACUCUGUCGUAUAAGCAGCAAAUUGGCCUGUGUUUGUGGCGUGCCUAUCGACGCUUCCUUGGCGAUCCCUCGAUCACUGUUGGCCAGCUGAUUGCGAAUAUUGCUAUGGGGUUAAUUGUCUCCUCCAUAUAUUAUAACUUGAACAUGACCACGGGAAGUUUCUUUCAACGUUCUGCUCUUUUAUUUUUUGCCGUCUUAAUGAACGCCUUCAGUUCUGCUUUGGAAAUUCUCACUCUGUAUGCCCAACGUGGAAUUGUCGAGAAACAUGAUCGAUAUGCCUUUUAUCAUCCUUCCGCGGAAGCAGUUGCCUCAGCUUUGAUGGACAUGCCAUACAAGGUUUUGAACACCCUCGUGUUCAAUCUGAUUAUUUACUUUAUGAGCAAUCUUCGCCGUGAACCAGGGGCUUUCUUUUUCUACUUAUUCACGUCUUUCCUUGCGGUGUUAGCAAUGUCUGGCAUCUUUCGCACCAUUGCGUCUGCUUCCCGCACCCUGUCACAAGCCAUGGUACCAGCCGCCGUUCUUAUCCUGGCCCUCGUCAUGUUCACUGGAUUCGUCAUUCCUAUCGACUACAUGCUGGGUUGGUCGCGGUGGAUCAACUACAUCGAUCCCAUGGCAUACAUUUUCGAAUCACUUAUGAUCAACGAGUUUGCUGGUCGCCAUUACCUUUGCACAUCGUUCAUCCCAAGCAACACAGUUUCUGGGUAUGAAAAUGUCAGCAGCGAAAAUCGCAUAUGCUCGGCGGUUGGCUCUGUUUCUGGGAGUCUGUAUGUACAAGGAACAGACUACAUUAAAGCUUCUUUCCGGUACGACCCUAGUCACAAAUGGCGAAACAUUGGGAUUGUGAUUGGGUUUAUUAUAUUCUUCCAUGCUCUGUAUAUGAUGCUCACGGAGCUUGUCACUGCGAAAAAGUCUGAAGGUGAAGUACUCGUCUUUCGUCGAGGACACAGACCACCGCAGUUUAAGGAGAGUAAAAGCGACGCUGAGAUCGGCAUUCCGCCUACUUCGGGACAUAUCGCCGUAGCAGACAAGGCAACUGAAAGUAUGUCUGAUGCAGAGUCCGCUGCUAUCCGAGAGACAACCAGCGUGUUCCACUGGAACAAUGUCUGUUAUGACGUCAAUAUCAAAGGUAAACCUCGCCGGAUCUUGGAUAAUGUGGAUGGCUGGGUAAAGCCAGGAACUCUAACGGCUCUCAUGGGCGUGUCCGGCGCUGGCAAGACAACCCUUCUUGACUGCUUGGCCGAUCGAGUAUCAAUGGGAGUGAUCACUGGCCAGAUGCUUGUGGAUGGGAAUCCUCGUAAUGCCUCAUUCCAGCGGAAAACUGGAUAUGUCCAGCAGCAAGACCUCCACCUAGAGACUACAACUGUUCGAGAAGCCCUCAACUUCAGUGCCCUCCUUCGUCAGCCAGGUCAUGUUUCCCGGCAAGAAAAGCUUGCCUAUGUGGAUGAAGUGAUCAAGCUCCUUGAUAUGGAAGAGUAUGCUGAUGCCGUUGUUGGGGUUCCUGGUGAAGGUCUUAAUGUCGAACAGCGCAAGAGAUUGACCAUUGGUGUUGAACUUGCAGCUAAGCCACCACUCCUGGUUUUUGUUGACGAACCGACCUCUGGUCUGGACAGCCAGACUUCUUGGGCUAUUCUUGAUCUCCUCCAAAAGCUCACCAAGAGUGGGCAGGCCAUCCUGUGUACCAUACACCAGCCGUCAUCCAUGCUCUUCCAACGCUUCGAUCGGCUACUUCUGCUGGCAAAAGGAGGAAAAACCGUUUACUUCGGUGAUGUUGGCAGGAAUUCCAGACACAUGAUAACUUAUUUUGAACGAAACGGUGCUCUUCCUUGCCCCCCCGGCGCCAACCCCGCAGAAUGGAUGCUCGAAGCCAUUGGCGCUGCUCCAGGCUCAACUAGUAAGGUUGAUUGGCACGCGACCUGGCGGCAAAGUCCUGAAUUCGAAGCCGUCCAGACUGAACUCCAGCGGUUGCGAACUGACCGUAGAGAUAUUACUGGAACUCAAGCCAAGGCCCAGACAAGUUUACAAGAAUUCGCUGCUCCGUUUGGCUUGCAGCUUUGGGAGGUUACCCACCGGGUCGUCCAGCAGUACUGGCGUACUCCAUCUUAUAUAUACUCCAAGGCCUCUCUCGUCACUUUGGUCUCUGCCUUUAUUGGGUUCUCAUUCUUCAAGGCCCCUAAUACCGUUCAAGGACUCCAGAACCAGAUGUUUGCUAUUUUCAAUCUCUUGACUGUCUUCGGCCAAUUAGUGCAACAGACGAUGCCGUAUUUCGUCAUCCAAAGAUCGCUCUAUGAGGUCCGUGAACGCCCUUCGAAAGUUUACUCUUGGAAGGUCUUCAUGCUUUCUCAAAUCCUCGUGGAAAUUCCCUGGAAUACGUUGAUGGCAGUAGUCAUGUUCCUUUGCUUUUAUUACCCAAUCGGGCUCUACCAAAAUGCCGAACCUGCACACCAAGUCACCGAGCGAGGUGCACUGUUUUUCCUCUUCCUGUGGGCAUUCAUGAUGUUCACAUGUACCUUCACCGACUUCAUCAUCGCCGGCGUGGAGACAGCAGAGGCCGGUGGCAAUCUCGCCAACUUGCUCUUCAUGUUGUGUCUGAUCUUCUGUGGUGUCCUAGCCAGCCCCAAAGACUUCCCGCAUUUCUGGAUCUUCAUGUACCGAGUGUCACCGUUCACUUACAUGGUCCAGGGUAUGAUGACUACCGCCGUCGCAAAUACAAAUGUAGUUUGCGCCGCAAAUGAACUGCUACAUUUUGCCCCACCCACAGGGCAGAACUGCGGCCAGUAUUUGCAAGACUAUAUCAAUGCUGCUGGUGGGUAUCUGCAAGACCCAAAUGCGACUGAUUUAUGCACCUACUGCACCAUCAAACAGACCAAUAUCUACUUGGCAGGUGUGAACGCUUUCUAUAGCCAGCGAUGGAGGAACUUUGGCAUCUUCAUCGUCUUCAUCGUCGUCAAUAUUUUCGGGGCACUGUUUAUGUAUUGGUUGGCUCGAGUGCCGAAGAAAUCACUCUUUGGGAAAAAGUCGAAAUAUUUGAAUAUGCGUGAUACACGGAAAAGCUCUGCUGUGACUUUGAAGGAAGAGGGCUACACCUGGAUCACUGCCACUGACGUUCUCUAG